AUGAAUUUCGCAGCACCAUCACCGUGGGCGGCAGAAGCUCCUCCGCGGCAGCAGAACCUCGCAGACCUUGCGGGGGCCGCUGUGCCGUUUCCGGGUUCUGUGCCGUGGGCACCUGCAAGCUCCCGCAAGGCGCCUGUGAACUUCCUGCCAGCCUGGCAGGAGCUACAGCUGCAAAACCAGCAGCUUUGCCAAAAACAUGCAGCAGACUUGCCAGCAGCCAAUUUGCAGUUACCUCUUCAACAGCCAGCUUCCUUCCCUGCUCACCAGCCACAGCAGAGUCAGCGUGGACAAAAGUCAGCAAACAACCCGCCGCCUCAAACCUUCGGCCUUGCAUUCCCAGGCGAGAUGACCAAUGAGAAGGAGAAGCGAAGACGUCAGCAACAGGAGAUGCAGCAGGCACUCGCUGAGCAGAUAAAGGAGCAGAGGGCCCGGAAGCAGAUGAACAAGAUGGAGAAGGCCGAUGCUCGCGCAGAGGAGCCAGCAGAUCGCUGGGAGACAAGCAGGUCUGGGCCGAAGCUGGGCCCGAAGCACGACAUGCGCCAGGAGCCUGAGCAGCGUGAAGUUGAGCGCCGGCGUCAGCAGCAAGAGCUCCAACGCGUCCUAGCAGCCCAGGUAGAAGAAGCGCGUCAGCGCAAGGAGGAGGCUCGACUGCGUCAGAAAGAGGAGGAAGAUCGUGAGGAGCAGCGCCUCCGCCGAGAGAUUGAGGAGGAAAAUCAACGAGAGCUUCGGAAGGCCGAAAGGCUUGAAGCGAAGAAGGCACCUCGUGUGCGGGAGGAUGAGGCGCGUGAGCAAGAUGCGAUUGCAGCCACAGGCCGUUCCACAAGAACGCGGGAAAGGUUCCGCGACGAGCCUUGGCGUGAGUCCCAGUCGAGCCGACUUCGCAAAACGCGAGAUCGGCUCCGAGAAACACGCCACGGGCGGUCAAGAAGGCCUCGAACCCGAGACCCUCGAGACCCGCGGGACGCGCGAGAGUGUGAGGCCUCGCCCAGUCGGGAGAUUCAGUCGCCCGUGCCCUCCACGGUUGCGGGCCCAGCAGACACAGCAGGCACCUGGGUUGGCACUUGCUCUCCUCCACCGCGCAGGAAGCCCAUGCGAGAUGGACGAGAUUCAGAGCUCGGCUUUCAGGGUUUCGUCGAGCAACAGCGGCUCUUGGCAAGCGAGAUGCAGCGGCAGGUGGUGGAGCUGCGGAACCAACGAGACGAAGCCAGGGAACACGCCCUCAAGGUGAAGGAGGACGCCAUCAACGAUCGAGCGAGGCAUCUGCAGGAGUUGCAGCAGUGCUUGCUGGAGCAGCUGCAGGGCAAGGGCGGAAAGGCUUCACAAGAAAUCGAGGCUGAGAACUCCUUCAAGGAGUCUACCGUCCCUCCCGUGCCUUGUGCGCCGGGGAAAGCAUCGGGCACGGGAGUCGAAAAAGAGGAUGCUCCUGGAGUUUGGGAGCAUUCAAUGGCCUCAGACUCUCGAUUUGUCGCGAUCGAUGCUGGCUUGGCUGUACUACAAGGGAAUCGUAAGCAGUCUGAGUUGCCUCAUGUGUCAAACGUUUCUGAGGCCCUAGUCUCACCCAACGAAGUUUCACAAGAUCGGGAAAUGCGCACAAUUGGUCAGCGCAGUCACGAACUCAGAGCAUCCAAUCCCAGGCAGCGGCACACAAUGGAGCAGGACAUGCAGGCUUCUCCAUCUCAACCACUACAUGCUUCUCCCCUCCCUGCAAGUGAGCGCAGCAGCUCAACAGGCGGAGCCUCGCCAAACUUCCGACUGACGGAGCAACUUGACAAGGACAAAGCGGCUGCGUUUCGGAAAGCUUUGGGCACCGCUGAUGGGCUACCUGCAGAUCUGCGCGACGACCUGUGCGCACUGCUGGAAGAGUCGGUGGAGAUCGCACCAGUCCCCAUAGCUGCUCAGAGCAGCGUAGCCAGCCGAGCUGGCAGACCACCUCCCGGCAAGGGAGGCGAAACGAUACCUUUUCCUUCUGGGCCCCAAAGGCCUCAUGCCACCAGAGCUCGAAGUAGCACUCCUGGCACUGCAGAGCUUUUCAUCACUCCCAGAAGACGCCACAGCCGAGAAGAGCGGAGAGCUCAAAGCGCAGCUGAGGCUUCCAGGCAUGAGAUGCGUGAGGAAAGUCUGUGGAGGCGCAGCGAGGCUUUGACAGCAGCCGCAGCAGGCAUAGUUGGAAGCUAG